CUUGCUUACGCCCAAUUAAUUGCCUACCUGCACUACAAACACUCGGAAUUAGCAAGCAGCUGUGUUUUUGAACCAAGUUGUUACACAGAAAGAUGUCAAAAUCUGAUGUCUUGCAGUUCCAACCAUUCAAUUCUUUCAUUCAAGUCUCGUUUUGGGACGAAUUGACAUCGUUCAAGGUUCAAACACAAAAAACGGACGACUCGCCUAUACGCGCUUAUGGAAUCUAUAAUCCUUUGUCAAAAUCAUCAAUUGAGUUUAGUAUAAAGGACGAUCUUGUUUCACGUUUAAAUGAUGAUGAGUGUAUCACUAAAGGGCACGUUAUCAAUGUCAAUUCGUUGUCUCUAUUUAACAAUUACAAUAUAAGUCAAUUGAAAGAUGACUUUGGUAAACGGCUAUGGUCAUCUAUUGAAAGUGAUGCAGUUUCAAAUGAUCCUAGGGAACUGUUUCCAUUCUGUAUAUUCUGUUAUGCUGACAUAAAAGCUUUUAAACUUCAUUACCGUUGCUUGUUUCCAACGUUUAAGAAUACACCUAUGUGGAAGCUUGAAGAAUCAUUAAGUGCCACAGACGCAAUCUCUUCAAAUGAACUGUCCUCAUUAAUUGCUUCCUUUCGAAACGAUCAUGACGCAAGUCAACACUCGAUUUUCAUUCUGGUACAAUUAGAAGAAGGAAGCUGGUCACCCGUGCCACUGGUAAAACUCCAUUCAAUUAUAGACAGUGGAAAUACGUUCUAUAUCGCAGCUGUCGAUUCAGUUUUACACGAACAGUAUCCUUCUUGGCCAAUUCGAAAUCUGUUACUAUAUUUAAACGUAGUACACAAACUUGAAUCUGUCAGCUUACUACUCAUACGUGAUACUAUUCGGUCGGGCUCCUUCUCUCGGUCCAUUAUACUGAAACUUCGAAAACACUCCAGUGUGCCAAACAACAUCAGCGACAACGUUGUUGGUUGGGAGCGAAACGAGUAUGGAAAAACAACUCCCCGUUUAGUCAAUUUCGCUCCUUUAAUUGAUCCAAACCAUCUUGCUAGUACAGCUUCCAUGCUGAAUUUGAGUCUUAUGAAAUGGAGACUUGUACCUGACCUUAACUUGGAGAAAAUUACAAAUCUUAAAUGUUUAAUCUUAGGAUCAGGCACUCUUGGAUGCCAUGUGGCUCGUAAUUUAAUGGCAUGGGGUGUCCGAAACAUCACGUUCAUUGACAACUCACGCGUGUCUUAUUCAAAUCCUGUUCGACAAUCCUUAUUUACAUUUGAAGACUGUAAGAACGGUGGACAGUGGAAGGCAGAAUGUGCAGCAAAAAGGCUUAAGGAAAUAUGUCCAGACAUGAAAUCCAAAGGGUACAACUUAACUAUUCCCAUGAUAGGUCAUCCUAUUUCUGCUUCAGAAGUAAAAAAAGUUAAAAGUGACUAUACCUCUUUUGAACAGCUAAUGAUUGAUGCUGAUGUGAUUUUCCUGCUCACGGAUACACGAGAAUCUCGAUGGCUUCCAUCUGUUAUUGCGGCAGAACUAAACAAAACGUUGAUCAACGCGGCUUUAGGUUUUGACAGCUGGGUCGUAAUGAGACAUGGUAAAAAGUUUCAAGGAAAGCGGGAACUUGGCUGCUACUUUUGCAAUGAUGUAUUCGCACCUACAAAUUCGAUGUUGGAUCGAAGCAUCGAUCAAACAUGUACCAUUACACGUCCUGGUGCCGCCGCACAGGCCGCUUCUUUUGCGGUAGAACUUCUGACAUCUUUAACACAGCAUGAACUUUUUGACAAAUCCUGUGUUAACCAUGGAACAAAUGGCAUCCUUGGUGAGGUACCACAUCAGUUACGAGGUUUUCUUCACGACUUCACGAUCCUGAAAAUUGAAGGAAAGGCCUAUCCACAUUGUUCCGCUUGCAAUCCUCGUGUUUGUGCUGAGUGGAGCAAUAAGAAGUGGGAAUUUGUCGCGAAUGCAAUGAAUGACUCCAAGUACAUUGAGGAUUUAAGUGGCCUUAGUGAAAUUCAUGAGCAAGGUGAACUUGCUGAUGACAUUAUCGCCUGGGGGAGCGAUCCCGAAGAUGAUGAAUAAGAAUAAUGAUCUAUUAUGAAAUACAAACAGAUUCAAAUACGCAUCACUAAGAUGUAUCUUCCAACUGCUUCACAGAAAAUCCCUUCUUUAAAGAAUUGACCGUUUCCGACCUCGCCUUAAGAGGACUUAUAGCACGAACUAUACUUGAUGCCCGUUUAGGAGGCGCUAAUGUUAAGUCCUCAUCAGAAUGCAACUCAUUCUCUUCGUCUACCGGCUGAACUUCGAGGCUUGGAGCUUCAAGUUUUCUCUUCUUUUUCAGGCUCCCAUUCCCAAGCGCUUCCUGAACAAGAUUUUGAGAUAUACUAUCGCCAUCGACAUUUGUAGAUGUCCGUUUCGAUGGAGACAAAGAAGGUCUUGGCAGGCGCGAGCGAGUCUCUGAGAAGGAUUUGUUUGGACUGAGAGGUUUAGGCAGCGUUUUUGCGUCUCGUCGAAGAGGACUUGAAGAUAACCCUAAUGCAACACUUGUUUUUUUAAGGAAUGGAGUCAUACUAAGACUUGAUUUUUCCCGGAUAGAACGUCUUGACGAAAGGCUGCUCUUUUGCGGAGACGGACUGUUUGUAACGAGUUGUGGUGAGCUUAACAUGGUUGAGGAGGUGCUUUUUCUGUCGUGCGCAGAUCUACUAAGUCGAGUCUUUUUCUCCAAUGUCGCAAGUUUUGAUUCCAACACUUGUACUCUGGCUUUCCAAUUAGCUUCAAUGGUUUCCACACGGAUUCGCCAACGAUCAAUUUCUGUAUCGCGUGCAGAAACGCUUGACUACAUAAAACGAUUUUGUUAGUUUUAAGCCUUGACAAAAAGAAAAGUGGUUACCUGAAGCUUUGUUAUGUCCUGUUCCUUAGCUUUUAGUAGCUUUUUAUAUUCAUUAACGGCGUUAUGAAGCCGUGUUGUGCUGCUUGACGACUUAAAUGUUUAGAUACAUUGCAUAGUAAAUUGACAUACCUCGACAUUUUUUCCAAAAGUUGCACUUUCACCGCUUUCUUUCGACGAUUUCAAAAGCCGUAUCGUUUCCUACAUAUAACCGGUGAGUUUUCGGCACAUUAGUAUAAACAGGCAUACCUCUGAUUCAUAUGUUUUCUUUGAAAGUUU